CCGAAGAAGAAAAAGAGCUGUUUCUCCAAUUAUGUUGCCUUCCAUGUAGCAGGCAGACUGUUUUCUUGGACACUUCUAUCUAGUUUUCUCCUACACCAAGCUGGUUAUAGCAUUUCCACCUCCCUGGAAACCAUGGCCGAACAGGCCACGGAAUCCGCCCGGCAGCCCCAGCACGACGUGGUGCUCCAGCAGCGAAUGGCAGCCCUGGAGCAGGAGAGAGCAGAGUUCUUCAAGCUCAAACAACAACUGGAGUCUGAGUUCAACCAGAAACGGGCCAAGUUCAAAGAGCUCUACAUGUCCAAAGAAGUUCCUCAAUUUUCUUCCCCAGAGGAGCUGAAGAGCCAGGCAGCGUCUCUGGAGGGGGCCCAGUCGGAGCUGAGUCGUGUCCAGGCCCAGCUGGAACAGGCCCAGGCAGACAUGGAGAACAUCAAGGCAGUGGCCACUGUGUCAGAGAGCACCAAGCAGGAGGCCGUUGACCAGGUCAAGGGACAGUGGCAGGAGGAGGUGACCUCCCUACAGGCCAUCAUGAAAGACACAGUGCGUGAGUACGAGGUGCAGUUCCACCAGCGCCUGGAGCAGGAACGUGCUCAAUGGAACCAGUACAGGGAGGCGGUGGAGAGGGAGAUGGGCGAGCUAAGACACCGCCUCUCAGAGGGUGGACAGGAGGAAGAGAACUUGGAGAACGACAUGAAAAAGGCUCAGGAAGGUGCAGAGAAGCUGCGUUCGGUGGUGAUGCCCAUGGAGCAGGAGAUGGCAGCUCUGAAAGCCAAGCUGACAAUGGCAGAGGACAGGGUAAAGGAGCUGGAAGCCUCAAAGGUAAAGGAGCUCAAUCAUGUCCUGGAAGCAGAGAAAUCCUGCCGCACAGACCUGGAGAUGUACGUGGCGGUGCUCAACACUCAGAAGUCUGUCCUUCAGGAGGAUGCAGAGAAACUACGUAAAGAGCUCCAUGAAGUUUGUCACCUGCUGGAGCUGGAGCGGCAGCAGCACAACCAGCUGAAGCACACGUGGCAGCGGGCCAACGACCAGUUCCUGGAGUCCCAGAGGCUGCUGAUGAGGGACAUGCAGAGGAUCGAGAACGUGCUCUCCUCCGAGCAGCUCCGCCAGGUGGAGGAGAUCAAGAAGAGGGACCAGGAGGAGGAUGAUAAUGAAAGGAUCAUCCAGGCUAAGGAGCAAAACGAGGAGGACGGGACAGAAACCGAACCUUUAGAAGACUCAUUUCUUGGGCUCAGUACUGAAGAGCACCACAGUGCCCACGGCUCCAUGUACUCCUUAGACACAGACCUGGUGGCAGGGGGCCCCUUGGACUCCUACAAAGACUGCCUGCGGAGGGUCCAGUCCACAGACAGCCUGGGUUCCUCUCCCGGUCUCCAGGGCCUGGGGGGCCACAACCAUAAGGCUAAGUCGGCCAGCCAUCUGGACGAGUCCGACUUUGGGCCCCUGGUGGGGGCGGACUGCGGGGCCUCUGAGGGCCUGGCGGGCUUUGGGGACACACUAUCGGUCAGCUCCAUCCAGCUGACGGCCGGCCACUUCCUCCUCACCAAGGACCAGGAGAAGGCCAUCAAGGCCAUGACACCGGAGCAGGAGGAGACUGCCUCGCUGAUGUCCAGCAUUUCUCACGCCCCCGACACCGCCUUCCUUUCCCCAUCAGGCUACCGGUUGGUCAGCGACCAGGAGUGGAACCUGCUACAGCAAGAGGUGAAGAACGCAGGGAGGAAGUUGGGCCGGCGGUGUGACAUGUGCUCCAACUACGAGAAACAGCUGCAAGUCAUCCAGGGCCAGGAGGCAGAGACACGUGAUCAGGUAAAGAAGCUCCAGGUGAUGCUGCGGCAGGCCAACGACCAGCUGGAGAGAACCCUGAGUGAAAAACAUGAGCUGGAGGACUCUAUGAAAAAGGGAAACGAGGAAACCACUGCCAAGGUCGCUGCUCUCAUGCAGAGAGUCCACGAGUCGGAGUUGCUGCUCAACACACUACAGGAGGCCUUCAGUCAGGCCAAGAGGAACACACAGGAACAGAUGGCAGUGCUGAUGCAGUCUAGGGAGCAGGUGGCAGACGAACUGAGCAGACUGCAGAGGGACAACGACAGCCUAACAGGCAAACACCGACUCCACUUAUCUCUCCAGCAGCAGGAGGACUUCAAACUACCCACCACUGUGCAAGAACUACAACCACUGGUGCUGCAAUUGCGGGAGGACAUAGUUGCGGUGCGCAUGGCUGCAGACCACCUAGAAGAGAAGCUGAAGGCGGAGAUCCUGUUCCUGAAGGAGCAGCUCCAGGCAGAGCAGUGCUUCAAAGAGAACCUGGAGGACACACUACAGAUGGAGAUAGAGGGCUACAAGGAGGAGAAAGACAUCUUGGAAGCGUCAUUCUCGAGUCUGAAAACCGAGCUGGAGCGCGUGAAAGAUGAGAAAGAACAGCUGGAGAGCAGCUUGGCAGAGAAGAGCAAGACAUUAGCGAGUGUCCAGGGUCUGAAGAGCAGUCUGGAGGCGCAGCUCAGAGAUCUCACCACAACCAAGACUUCCCUGGAGGCUCAGGCUUUGGAUGAGAAGGACAAAGCACAGCGCUUGCAGACGGAGCUGGACGUCAGUGAGCAGGUGCAGAGGGACUUUGUCAAGCUCUCCCAGAACCUCCAGGUACGGACCGCAAUGCCACAUGGUUACCAUGGCAACCAGUUUGAGAUCGCAAACUGGUUACGUCCAGUUGGAGCGGAUCAGACAGACUGACUCUCUCGACCGUAUCCGAGCCAUCCUCAACAACACCAAUUUAACUGACAUCAGCCAGCUCCCAGAGACAUGAUACCCAUGGCUGAAGAAACUGUAUUCCCCCUCCUUCCACUCUAUCUCACUGGCCUAAUGAAAUUCUCCUACCCCUCCAGCCCCCCCCCCCCCCCCCCCACCCAAUGGAAGGGCUCAGGAUGGAUAAGAGCGGUGUGGGUGUUUUUAAAUAAAGACUAAAUCCAAGGUGGAGGAUGAAAAAAUACAUUGUUUGUACAGGAGGAUUUGGAGCAUACCAAGGCAGGAGUGAACACUACUACUAAGAGGUUGCAAAUAACUAAAUGACUGUUUCCUGCAGAGUGGCAAUUCCUGCCUGUUUAUCUGUCCUGUGUUUUUACUGUAGAUAUUGGAUAUUGUAGCCUUCUAAGGCACUUUCUUCUACAACAGGGAUCAUCAACUUGAUUCAGCCACAGGACAUUUUUUUUCUUGAGUGGAUGGUCAGGAGGUCGGAACAUAAUUACAAAUAAUUGUAGACGGCAAAUUGACCACAAGAAGCCUAAACAGAUAUUUGACUAAAACAAUCAUUUAAAACCUUGCUUAAGUUUUUAUACCAUCACAUAGAUCUCUCUGUGUCGGAAUACUUUGGAACAUAUUACAAAAAUUAAAAUCACUUGGAGCUUAUUUGUUGGCAUUUUUACAGUAUUUUAUUUCCAACAAAUAUAAUCACCGCGGGCCAAAUUUGGCCUGUGGGCCGCCAGUUGGGGAACCCUGAACUCCAACUUCUUUCAGGUAAUGGGAACAAAUGGAUCCACAAAAUUUCUGCCAUGUCUGCAAGUGGUUAAUAAAAUGCUCCCGCUGUUUCUCACUCACACACCCUUGGGUUUACUCUCUCUUUCUCUCGCCAUGCUUUUGUUGUUCAUUUUCAUCCUGUUAGGCCUAUGGCAAAGACUUAAUGAAGGAGAUUCAUAGAAAUAUGUGUACAUAAUAAUGUAAACAGAAUAUACACAGUAUUAGGUAAACCACCCUUUCACAAAAAUGGUUCACUCCUACAGACUGAGUCAUGUGGCCUUGGCUAUCUAUAUAAAGCAGGCAGCGGGUAUCGGGGCAUUCAUUCAGUUACUGUCCGAUUGAAUGUUCGAAUGAGCUAAAUGACUGACCAAUGCGACUUUGAGCGUGAUGAUCGCCAGGCGCGCCCAUUACAGUAUCUCAAACUGAGUAUCUUCCCCCCCACAAGCAGGCAAAUAACGGCGCAGUUCAACAGUGGUGUGCAGACGGCAUCUCGGAACGCACAACUCGUCGGUCCUUGUCACGGAUGGGCUAUUGCAGCAGACCACCGCACCGGGUUCCACUCCUAUCAGCCAAAAACAAGAUGCAGCAGCUCCAGUAGGCACGCGAUCACUGGACAAUUGAGGAAUGGAAAACAUUGCCGUGUCCAACGAAUCCCGGUCCCUGAUACGUCAUGCAAGAUUUGACAUAAGCAGCAUGAAUCCAUGGCCCCAUCCCGCCUGGUGUCAACGGUACAGGCUGCUGGUGUAAUGGUGUAGGGCAGGUAUUCCCAAACUGGGGUAUGCGCAAUGCCAUCCGGGGUACAGCAAAUAAAAGUGAUUCAAAUGUUGUUUUUUAUGUAGAUUAUUUUCUUCUUCACAUUUUCAAACAGUCCGUUUACAUUUUCGAACAGGACUAUACGUUUGGGUGAGGUUUUUUUCUCGCCUGAGUAGCCUCGCUUCACUGCCAAAUAUAAAAUUAAACCAUCUAGUGUUCAGCGAAAUAACACAUUGUCAAAUGCAGGUAGCCUAGUCAAAUAAUUAACAUCCAAUCACAUGAACCGUUACACUCACGGGAAUUCCACGACACUGUCUGUUGUUCGGUGAUAAGUAAGGCCGGUGUCUGCACACGAGUAAAAAUCCACCCCUGAUUCAAGAUCAUCCCUUGGCUGGCUGUAUUUAAAAAGCUCCUCAAGAAAUUUGUCCACAUGUUGACCUGAUUUUUGUAGUCCUAUUCUGUGUUUAAGUAGCUCGAGCGUCUUUAAAUUUAGCCAUGAGUUUUGGCCAUUAAUUUACAAACCAUGUUUAGAAAGUUAAUGAUCUCCAAAGGAUGCAUCUCAAUUUGCUCUUAUGGCAUUUAGUUCAAUUGAUACAGCAUAAUGUCUGACUUGGUGCUGUAAAAACCAAAACGUUGCUUCACAUGGCUGUUUGUAUAUAAACGCCCACUGUUCUUCACAUUCUACUCCCUGUCCCUAUCAGCACUGACAUCUCCAUUUAAAUCCUUGAUAUUAGUAUUGUGGAUAUCAACGAGGCUUGUUUACCUUCCUGUUUUCGUUUGUUUUAAACGACAAUGUCCGACCUACCUCCUGCCAAGUUUUAAACUGAGAGAGAAAUAAAAUGAUUCCUUUGACAACCUUUAUCUAUACAAUUGAGGUUCUUAAAAUAGCUGAGGGUCCUGUAUGUUCAGUUUCCAAAAAGAGUGAAUUCCUUUCAGACUGGUAAAACUGUUCAUGAAGUUGCAAAUUGCAGCAUGCUACAGUCUGCUCACGGUAUUUUGUUAUUUUGCUCUGCUCAAUGCCUGCAUUUUAAAAUGUGCUUGUUAUAAUGGACUGAACACAAAGAUCAACAUCAAUGUUACUGCUCUUCUUGCCCAAUAGUAUUCCACCUGGGAACGAUUUUGUACUUUCUGUUCUUUGUAUCAUCAACAUUGAAGAUUAUUUUGUCAAUUUUGGCUUCAUGGAUCCUAUUAAAACGAUUUGUUGAAAA